AAUAUAUGAAUUAUACUUCUCCUUCUUUAUAGCUCCACAGAAAUGGACCAGUCAUGGAGAAUGCGCAUGGGAAUGCCGACGCUUCCACGGCGUCGUUCCAUGGAAGACUCAGUUCCCGAUCCCACGCGCCGCUCCGUCGAAGCUCUAUACCCGGACGAGUUCGACGACGUCUUUGGCGGACCACCACGGACAGUUCUCUCACGCAAAUUCUCCGGCGAGUUUACUAGAUCAUCAUCGGAUUCUUUCUACGAACAGAUUUUCCGUCCGCUGGAGUUUGUUUCCAACGGAAUUGAGAAGAGUACGUGUGGAGUUGGCCGGAGCUUGCCGGCUUUUAGGAUUCCGGCCAAAAACGAAGGGUUUUAUAGUGAUGUUUUUGGUUGGGAAGAUGGACGGAAGUCUAGAGAGAGAUCGAGACCGAAUUCUAAAGCUAAAUCGAAGUCUAAUUCUUCGUCUGUUCUUAGUUCCGAGGAGCUUAGCCCUCACCGGCGUCCUGUUUCCGGCGAUGAUCCGGCAUUGUCUUCUUUUGCUUCCAAGCUCAGUUCUUGCAGGCCAAUCAAUGUGCCAUGUAGAUGGAACUCAACCACAGGGAGACCUAAAGAACACAACAGAAAACAAAAAACACCAUCUUUUCCAAGCAAUGCACCUUCCUACCCUGAAGAUAGUUAUUACAUGGAAAACGAAUACAGUGACAAUUUCAGAAGCUCCUAUGUUAAAGUUUCGCGACAAGUUUCAUCCCCGGAAACAAUUAGUAUCGAACCAAAUUCGUUUCGAAGCAUGAGAGUACCUGCGGAUGAUAUAGAGUUCAAUUCCCCUGCAUCUCCUGCCUCUUCACUUUGUCAAGAACCCGAGGCAAGUGUCAGUGUCCGAUGUAGUACAAUGCAACAAGAAGUAAUGGAAGAGGAUGAAGAUGAAGAUGAAGUUAUGAGUUCUUAUGUUAUUGAGAUCAAUUCUGAUUAUAGAGAAGUUUCCAGUGAAGCAAUUUCGAUCGACGAAGCGAUUGCUUGGGCAAAGGAGAAGUUCCAAUCACAUAGUUUUGAGAGACAGGACAAGAAAGAUGAUUCUGCUGAGUUACAAGUGGACUCACACGGAAGCACACAAUCUCCAAAGGAAGAGGAACUUAAGAAUUGGAGAAGUGAAGAAGAAUCAGAACAAUCAGAAAAAUAUAAAUUACAAACCGAGAUGGAUUUAUUGGAUGAAGAUAUCCGGCUGUGGUCAGCCGGAAAAGAAACCAACAUCCGCUCGCUGCUUUCGACCUUGCAUCAUAUAUUAUGGGACAACAGCGGUUGGUAUGCAGUGCCUCUGACAAGCAUUAUUGAAAGUUCAAAUGUAAAGAAGGCAUAUCAGAAAGCAAGAUUAUGUCUCCAUCCAGACAAAUUGCAACAAAGAGGAGCUACAGUCCCUCAAAAGUUUGUUGCAGAAAAGGCCUUUUCCAUUCUUCAGGAUGCUUGGGCUGCAUUCAUCUCUCAAGAUGUUUUCUUCAACUAGCCGGAAUUCUUGAAGAAUGGAGCAGAUUUUGUACUUGUGAAGAUGAAAUUGUUGUAAAGUUUUUCAGAUUAUAUAUUCCAACAUUUUUUUGUA